UCAGAGGACACUCUCAAACCAUGAUAGUCAAGCUUCUCCUUGUCCUCUCGACAAUUCUCCUUUCGUCCGCCUUACCAGGCAGGAAAGGACAGUUGUUGUCCCUUAUACAGGUUUACAGACAUGGUGAGAGGAGUCCAUCUUCAUUCUAUCCAAAUGAUCCAUAUCAAGACACCAGUUACUGGAAAACUGGGCUUGGACAACUAACUACCACUGGCAUGGCGCAACAUUACAAGCUGGGACAGUACACACGCAGGAGAUAUAGCGACUUUAUCCCGGAAUACUAUUCCAAUGAAUUUUUCCGUGUUCAAACAACAAACUGGGAUCGAACCUUCAUGUCAGCGGCAUCGAACGUUGCAGGACUUUUCCCACCUGUUGGUUACCAAGUGUGGAAAGAAGAUCUUCAAUGGCAGCCUAUUCCUGUCUUUCCAGUCACCGAAGCUGUAUUGAGCGCUUAUACCGGUUGCAGCGCUUACAACACGGGUGUCUCAGAACUGUUCAGCUCUGAUGAACUUUUCGUGAAUCUUUUGGAGGAAAACCAAGAACUUUUGGCAUAUGUAAGUGAGCAUACAGGAAGCAACGUCACGAGUCUCCUGGGCCUUUUAACGAUAUGGGACUCCUUGCAUAUUGAAAAUCUUCGGAAUUACACUUUGCCCGAGUGGACCCAGUCCGUUUUUCCAGAACCGCUUACUUAUCUGGGAACAUUGUAUUAUCUGGCCAGCAGUUACACUGAAGAACUAAAGAUUCUCACCACCGGGCCGUUCUUCAACGCGCUCAUAGAACACUUCGAAGGGAUUUUGGCAAAUUCUACAGAUCCACCAUACUUGCAGUACAGUGGUCAUGAUAUGAAUAUAGCGAGCAUUUUAGGUUCUUUGGGAGCGUACCCAUCGUCGGUUCCAGGUUUUGCUAGUACGAUUUAUUUUGAAUUGCGACAAACAAGGAGGAGUAAUUAUAUUAACAUCUACUACAUCAAAGUCUCUGGUGCGGAACCUGAACCCAUUACUUUGGCCGGCUGUGGAUUUAACUGCGAUUUGCGGGAUUUCAAGAGUAUUUUGAGCAACCGCACUAUUACUCCCGACGAAUGGACUGAACUUUGUAACGCAUAAUAUUAUAAAUUAUUUUAAAUAUGUCAUUUUAAUAUAUUUGAAAUGCUAACCGUAAUUUUUUGAAGCAGUACAGUUGUUCAAUACAUUUGUAACUGCAGAACUAAAUAUAUUGUUAUGUACAUGUUUAUAAUAAAUAAAUGCUGUUCAAGAUGAAA